UCAAAGCGUUGAACGCACCCCACGAACUGCACACGUUUCCAUAAGUUAAAUUUUGACUUCAUUCAAAAGCAAAUUUGUGAAGUUAAUUUAAUAAAAAGAAUUAUGUCGUCAAAGAAAUCUAAAAAGAAGGAUCGAUUUGACGAUGACGAGGAUAUCGAUGUGCCAGCGCCUGUAGCCAAAAAAUCCACUAAAAAAGGCAAAAAAGGAAAACGAGGCGAUGAUUCCAGCGAAGAUGAAUCAGUUCCCAGCAACAAGGCAAGUGAAAUCAACGAACAAGAACAGGAUCUAAAUAAGUCAAAGAAGUCGCAAAAGAAAAAUGUUGGCAACAAAAAAGGUCGAAAGGGGGCAAAUGACUCGGAUGAAGACCUUCCAGAAGUUGAGGUUCCUAAGCCUGUGAAGAAAUCUGCAAAGAAAGGAAAGAAACCAAAAGCUGAUGAUGGGUUCAGCAAAGAUGAGGAUAGUAAACUUGACGUUCUUAAUAACCUCUCCGAUGAGGAAGAUGAGGUGGUCGUUAUUGCAAAACCAGCAGCGAAAAAAUCAAAGAAAGGCAAGAAAAAGAAGAACGACUUUAGUGACGAUGACGACGACGAAUCUCUUAGUAAGCAAGCAAGUAAUCUUCCCAGUGAUAGUGAUGAAGUGGACAAUAUAAUCGUUUCCCAAAAACCUGCCCCCAAGAAAUCUUCCAAGAAGAACAAAUCGAAAAAAAAUAUUAGUGAAAAUGAUUCUUUGGAUGAAGAGAUGGACAAAGACCUUUCAGACAUUGAUAACAUUUCAGAAUCGGAACAAAUCACUGAGGAAAAACCAAAGGCAGCACAAGUAGCUAGCAAUCCUCCGGUGGAAAAAUUGGAGGAAGUUCCCGAAAUUGAACCUCUUCCAAGUGAGUCAAAGAAAGAAGACGGCGCAACCGAAGAAGGAGACGAAAUUAUUGAACAAGAAUUAAAAGACCUUAAUAUAAGUGAAAGCAAGGGAAAAAAACUAACCCACAAAGAAAAGAAGAAGCAAAAAAAGCAACAAGAAUACGAACGACAAAUGGAAUUGAUGACUCGCAAAGGUGGUCAAGGACACUCUGAUCUAGACAGUAAUUUUACAAUGUCCCAAGUUCAAAAAACAGCUGGUCAAAUGGCUCAGCUAGAGUUCGCGGUGGAUAUUAAGAUUGAAAACUUCACUAUUUCGGCUAAAGGUAAUGAUCUUUUUGUGAAUGCAAAUCUUCUAAUCGCUCAUGGCAGGCGCUAUGGUUUAGUUGGUCCCAACGGUCAUGGAAAAACUACACUUCUUCGUCACAUAGCCACCCGUGCAUUCGCCAUACCUCCCAAUAUCGAUGUUCUCUUGUGUGAGCAAGAGGUUGUUGCUGAUGAUAAAACUGCCAUCAAUACAAUUCUAGAUGCGGAUGUUAAGCGAACGCAGCUACUAGCCAAGUGCAAGCAACUGGAGGAACAAAUCGAAAAUGGUGAUAUGUCAGUUCAGGAAGAUCUAAAUGAUGUAUAUGCUGAGUUAAAAGCUACAGGGGCCUACUCUGCCGAAGCUAGGGCGCGGCGUAUUCUCGCUGGUUUAGGUUUCAGUGAGGAAAUGCAAAAUCGUGCCACGAAAAACUUCUCUGGUGGUUGGCGUAUGCGUGUGUCGCUGGCACGGGCUUUGUAUCUAGAACCUACACUUCUUAUGCUUGAUGAACCUACGAAUCAUUUGGAUUUGAAUGCUGUUAUUUGGCUGGACAACUAUUUGCAAGGAUGGAAGAAAACUCUUUUGAUAGUGUCUCACGACCAGAGUUUCUUGGACAACGUAUGCAAUGAAAUUAUUCAUUUGGAUCAGAAAAAAUUGCAGUAUUACAAAGGCAACUAUUCUAUGUUCAAAAAAAUGUACGUCCAAAAACGCCGUGAAAUGAUAAAGGAGUAUGAGAAACAAGAGAAGAGGAUAAAAGAAUUGAAAGCACAUGGUCAAUCGAAAAAAUCAGCUGAGAAGAAACAAAAGGAAACACUGACUCGCAAGCAGGAAAAGAAUAAGAAUAAGGGUUCUAAGAACGCGGAAGAAGACGAAGGUCCUCAGGAAUUAUUAGCUAGACCAAAAGAAUACAUUGUGAAAUUCCGCUUUCCAGAACCCUCUCAGUUGCAACCGCCAAUUCUUGGUUUGCACAAUGUGACCUUUAGUUAUGCGGGACAGAAGCCAUUGUUUAUCAAAGCUGAUUUUGGUAUUGAUCUGACCAGUCGUGUAGCUAUUGUCGGACCCAAUGGGGUGGGAAAAUCCACAUUCUUAAAGUUGUUGCUUGGUGAGCUGGAACCCCAAGAGGGCGAACAACGAAAGAAUCAUCGUCUUCGAGUUGGGCGCUUCGAUCAACAUUCAGGAGAACAUUUAACCGCUGAGGAAACUGCGGCUGAAUAUCUGCAGCGACUUUUUAAUCUACCGCAUGAGAAAGCACGAAAAGCGCUUGGAUCAUUUGGUUUGGUGAGUCAUGCACACAUCAUCAAAAUGAAGGAUCUGUCUGGUGGUCAAAAGGCUCGCGUAGCCUUAGCUGAAUUAUGUCUGAGUGGUCCAGAUGUUCUGAUUCUUGAUGAACCUACAAAUAAUUUAGAUAUCGAAUCCAUCGAUGCUCUAGCAGAAGCAAUCAAUGAAUAUGAAGGAGGUGUGAUCAUAGUUUCUCACGAUGAACGGUUAAUUCGAGAAACAGGUUGUACAUUGUACGUUAUUGAAGAGCAAACCAUAAACGAAAUAGAUGGAGACUUUGAUGAUUAUCGUAAGGAAGUGCUGGAUAGUUUGGGUGAAAUUGUAAACAAUCCUAGUGUGGUGGCUAAUGCGGCUGUGCUGCAGUAGUAUUUUGCAGCAAUAAAAGUGGGUAGCAAUUUAUUUUUAUAAUUUAUUCAAACAUUGAGCCUUUUUAUGAAUAAAAAACUUGUUAUUUUUGCUUAAAAUAAAAAAAAAACACUCACAAAAAGCA